ACUGGGCGAGCUUGCAUCAUUCACUAGCCCCGCCUGCUGCGGUCACUAGCCCAGCUUGCCAGUAGCCGCUCAGUCAGUAGCCCCUCAAGCCGCGAUGUCGGGGGUGUCGGCCAGGAGCCUGGGAAAGGGCAGCGCCCCACCGGGCCCGGUCCCCGAGGGCCUGAUCCGAGUGUACAGCAUGCGGUUCUGCCCCUACGCCAAAAGGACCCUGCUGGUCCUCAACGCCAAAGGAAUCAAACACGAAGUUAUCAACAUCAACUUGAAGAACAAGCCCGAGUGGUUCUUUGAGAAGCACCCCCUUGGCCAGGUGCCAGUUCUGGAGACCAGCAAGGGUCAACUGAUCUAUGAAUCUUCCAUCACCUGCGAGUACCUGGAUGAAGCCUACCCUGAGAAGAAACUGUUCCCAGCUGACCCAUAUGAAAAGGCGUCCCAAAAUAUGAUAUUUAACCGGUUCUCUAAGGUACCACCUUUGGCUUUGAAAUGUUUGAUGGGAGCCCGGAAUGGGGAAGACUGCUCUGACCUGAAGGCAGAACUGCGCAAGGAAUUCAGCAUCUUGGAGGAGAUUCUUUCCCGCCGCAAGACACGCUAUUUUAGUGGAGACUCAAUAACCAUGAUUGAUUACCUGCUGUGGACGUGGUUUGAGCGUCUGGAACUCUUCAAGAUUGCCGACUGUGUGGAUCACACUCCGAAUCUCAAGCUCUGGAUCGGAGCCAUGGAGGAAAAUCCAUUUGUCAAGGCUAUUUCCACUGACCUGAAAACUUCCGAAGGCUUCAUGGAGUUGUACCUCAAUAACAGCCCUGAGGCCUGCGACUAUGGGCUGUGACGGGAGUGGUGGCCGUCCAGAAGAACCCUCUACGUCCCCGCUGAUCUUUCCUAAUACAUCAGACAGCGGCAGGAGUGAAACACGGUCAGUGCUCUGCUGCAGCCUUUUCUGUGAAAUUUUUCUCAAUAAACGUGGAAA